AUGUCGGUGCCGCCUGCCCUGCAGAUCCGCGAGGCGAAUGCACAUCUGGCGGCCGUGCACCGGCGCGCGGCGGAGCUGGAGGCCCGGCUGGACGCGGCGGAGCGCACGGUGCGCGCCCAGGCCGAGCGCCUGGCCCGUCACGACCAGCAGCAGCGCGCCGCCCUGGACGAGCUGGGCCGCGCCAAGGACCGUGAGAUUGCUGCUCUGCAGGAACAACUGCAGACCUCUGAGGCCACUGUCCACAGCCUGAAGGCUGCUGUGCACCAGAGGGACGAGCUCAUCCAGCAGCUGCAGCCCCGGGCCGAGCUGCUGCAGGACAUCUGUCGCCGCCGGCUGCCCCUGGCUGGGCUACUGGCUGCCCUGGCUGAGGCCGAGCGUCUGGGGCCCCUGCCAGCCAAUGACCCAGGCCACCCACUCCCUGGUGGGCCUGGUCCACCUCUUGCCAACAGCACUGCGGACGAGAGGGACAGGGACCACCUCCAGCCUGCCGUGUUUGGGACCACAGUGUGAGCCCCGAAGUACAGAUUCCAGAAUGGAGACUGAAGGCUCCUCUCUUUAGGGACUUCCACUGCUGUGGGUGUCCUUUGGGGUCACCAAGUGUCCUGGAGGGGACCCCAUGGCAGAGUGGUAAUCCUGUCCAAGUAUCAAAACAAGCUAAAAAGUCAAAGUUUUGAAACAAGCCCACAGGCCAAAUGCGGAUGUUUAGCUCAGACAAGUUUUGUUUUGUUAAGUUCUGUUUUGUUUUAAACUUUGAAUCAAUCACCCAUGUUGAGAAACUGGCAAUGCUUACACAAAAAAUCUGGAUUUCUAGCUUCAGACUUGGCUAUGCUUGCCUGGAUCAGAGUCCUGGGUACGCUCUGUAGCCAGGGUGUGAGUUUCCACUUGUCCUCUCCCCUUUCUUAGGUUAUCCGUCUAGCCCCCAAAGCAUCUGAGUUUGAGACCUCUCUUUUUUCUGUCUGGUGGAGGCAGAUGGUAUCAAGUUCCACAUUAGUUUGAAUUUUCCUUCCCCUUUUCCUCCUGCCCUGAUUCUUAUUCCUCAUUAAGUAUUCCCCAUCCUGGGGCUAAAGCUUGAACUUUUUUUUAACCCAGACCAAACUUGGGAGCUUCAAGCCACAUGCUAUCUAUCUUACAGUGGUAUGAAGACAAUUUUUUAAUCCUAUAUAUUUUCCCUAACUAUGUCCUUCCCUCAACCUUUAACCCAGAAGGAAGAGCAGGCUGGUGAGAAAGGCUGAGAUGCUGGCAACUGGGUUGCCCAGGAAGAAGUGUGCAUCCUUCAACCUUUUCCUGAUGGCGGCAUGCCUCAGGACUUUGCACUGGCUGUUUCCUCUGCCUAGAAUGCUCUUCCCCCUGAGCUCCACAUGAUUGGUCACUCAGGUCUUUUCUCAAAUGCCACCUCCCCAGAGAGGCCUUUCCUGACCACCUUAUCUGAAGGAAUUCCUCCUCCCACCCCCAGACCUUGCCAUUACCCCAUUUUAUUUUCCUUAACAGAACUUUUUACCAUCAGAGUAUAAGCUCCAUAAGGGCAGGAAUUUUUGUCUCUCUUGUUCUAUUUUUGUCUGUCUUUUUUCUUUUGGGCAGCUGGCUGAUAACAGGGAUGGAACCCUGAACCUUGGUGUUAACAGCACCAGCCAGCCCUCUCUUGUUCUGUCAUCAGUGCCUGAUGUAUUCUGGAAGCCCCAGCAGGAACAGGAUGGGUCCGUGGGCCCUGAACGGAGCCGGGGCUCCCCAGCACAUCUGAUGAAGCCCCCUGGAGCUAGUCUAGCUUUUGUAGCAAGCAGCUAUCUCCUUUUUAUAUCCCCUAGAGAAUCUAUUUUUUAAUUCCCUCUUUCUAUACUGUCCUUCUUGGCUUGAGACAUUCAGGGCGCUUUGCUUUUUAUUAAACCAGGGAAAGGAGAGAAACUCUGUGCCUUUCUGUGCCCAGCCUGGUCGGCAGCUGUCUCCCAGCCUCCUUACUCAGGGAAUUGCCACACCAGGAACCGCCAAGGGGCAGGGCCUGUUUCAGCCUGGAAAGGUCGGUGGCCAUCCCCAGCCCUUGGGACAGCGCUGCCUAUCCGGCUGGCAUCUCACAGGGACCCCUCAGUGCAGUAACAAUGGCCCCAUUUUCUACUCUGGAUGAAUA